AUGGCUUUUAUUUUCAAUUGGAGACUCAAUUUUGCUACUCUACUAGUGUUGGGAUUGUGUAUUUCACUAGUCACAUCUCGCACUUUGUACGAAGCAUCAAUUACUGAAAAGCACGAGCAAUGGAUGAGUCAGUAUGGACGCGUAUACAAAGAUGAUACAAAAAAGGCAAAGAGGCUCGAGACGUUCAAACAAAAUCUUGAGUAUAUUGAAUCAACCAAUAAGGAUGUAACAAGAACUUAUAAAUUGGGUAUCAAUCAAUUUGCUGAUAUGACAAAUGAGGAAUUCAAAGCUAUUCGUAAUGGAUACAGAAUAUCGUCUCAGCAGAAGAUAAAAAAUACAUCUUUCCAAUACGAAAAUGUGACAGUUCCAUAUAGUAUGGAUUGGAGAAAAAAAGGUGCAGUUACAAAGAUUAAAGAUCAAGGACAAUGUG